AUGAAUAAAGUGCAAAUUGGAGCUUUGUUGGAGAAUAAAUUGAAGAAGGAAAGAAUUUAUGAUAUGAUGAUUAAACUAUUUUGUGGCUGGGAUUACUACAGCAGUAGUAUCUUAGAAGGUCGUAUUUUAGUCCUUUGGCAGAAAUCGUUUACUAAAGUUCAGGUCCUUAUGGAACAACAUCAAUUGGUUCACUAUUCGGUAAAAAUUAUAGGCAUACAGAUGGAGUUUUUAGUCACUUUUGUCUAUGGUCUCAACACUUUAGAUGAGAGAUUGGAGAUUUGGAGGGGGUUGUCUUGCAUUCAUGUUAUAAACAAGCCUUGGUUGAUUGUGGGAGAUUUUAAUGCUGUUUUUAAUUUUGAUGAUAGAGUGGGAGGAAGGACAAUUAGUGCUGUUGAAAUACUUGAUUCUAAUGCCUGGCUUGCCCAUUCUCAGCUGGUUUCACUCAAGAGAAUUGGUUCAAAUUUUACCUGGUCCAAUAAGCAAGAUGGAGGGGAUAGGGUUUAUUCAAAAAUUUAUCAUGUGUUCAUCAAUGAAGAUUGGAUUGAUGCUUUACCUCACUCUAUUGCAGAAUUUCAUUGGGAGGCAUUUUCGGAUCACUGUUAUUGUCUCAUAAAAACGCUCAAACUGGGUUCUCUGGGCACUAAGCCAUUUCAAUUCUUUAACUUCUGGAUAACUCACAGGGGGUUUAAGGAGGUGGUUCUAGACAGUUGGAAUAAACCAUUGGUAGCGAGGGGUCUGCUGGGUGUGACUAAAAAACUUCUUAGAUUAAAGCAUAUUUUGAAAGCCUUUAAUAUAGAGGAAAUUGAAGAUGUUGAACAGGGUUAUCAUCAAGCUAAAGGAGACUAUCAGCUGGCUCUCACUAGAGCUCAAGCUGCCCCAACUGAUUUUGCUGUGCAGGAGGCUGAAAAAUCAGCUGCUGUUCGAUAUCAACAUCAUGCUGAUAGAUACAGAAGCUUUUUAAUUCAAAGGAGCAAAAUUACAUGGUUGCAGAAGGGAUAUGAUAAUAAUGCAUACUUUCAUGCUUGCAUAAAAAAAAGAAGAGAGGAGAAUCGUAUUGUCUCAUUUCUGAAUGAGAGGGGGGUUAUUAUUGAUGAUUAUGAGGCUGUGGUUCAUCAUUUCCUGGACCAUUUCAGAGGCUACAUGGGCAGCUCUAGCUCAACCAAUGGUUCAUUUAAUUCACAGUGUAUAGAGUUCGGUACGUGUCUGGAUAUUGAGAUGCAGCUGUGGUUGACUAGGGACUUUGGGAAAUCUGAUGUCAAGAAGGCUCUCCUUAGCAUUUCGGGAAUUAAAAGUCCAGGGUCGGAUGGAUUUGGUUCUGAAUUUUACAAGACAAGGUGGCUGGAUAUAGGGGAUGACAUAUCAGCAGCUGUUCUUGGAUUCUUUCGUGAUGGAAGAAUCCCUGCAGAGCUCAAUGAAACAGCGCUUUCUUUGGUUCCUAAAACUGAAACGCCUAGCCGAGCAGUUGACUACAGGUCCGUAGCUUGCUGCAACACCUUAUAUAAAUGCAUCUAA